GGCCUCGACGACUAUGGAAAAGCGAGGGUUUCGGUUGCUAAGCAAGUGGUUAUAUUCUGCGAUUUCGUCGCACAUAACCGUAGUAUCUCGGACCUAGAGCGGCAGUAUGUCUAUGCACGGAGGACGUUCGAGAGGAUUAUCGAUAAAGUCAGUGUUGCACUGUAUCGAAUGGCCGAGGAUUACGUCCAACUACCAGAUGAUACUGCUAUCUACUCAAUUCUCAGAACCCCCAAAUUCAGCUAUUUCAAAGGAGCCCUAGGUACGCUGGAUAGUACAUACAUAAAUGCCGUUAUUCCGGAAGAGAGGCAGUCUGCGUAGCGUUGCCGGAAGGGUUUUAUCGCGCAGAACGUACUGGCAGUAUACGAUUUCAGCUGUAACUUCCUCUAUGCGCUCGUUGGUUACGAAGGAUCUGCGAACGAUAGGACGGUCGUUAAUAGAGCGUUUAGGGUUGGAGGUCUACGUAUACCAGAGGGCCGCUAUUAUCUCGCAGAUAGUAGUUAUUCGCCGAAGGACAAUCGACUCUUAGUACCAUAUCAGCGUACAAGAUACCACCUAUGUGAGCAGAUCGCGUCGAAUGCCAAACCAGAGACAAAAGAAGAGCUUUUCAACCUCCGCCACGCGCAGCUGAGAAACUGCGUUGAGCGUAUAUUUGGUAUUGUAAAGAAGCGCUUUGAGUACGUCCGUGUUGGUCCGUACCCAGGGCGCUCUAUACUCGACCAAAAGCGUAUUCUUAUGGCGUGUUUUGUCCUCCAUAACUACAUUCUUGCGCACGGCGAACAACCACUCUCUACAGAGCCGCAGUUGCUACAAUCGGACGGCUAUAUCGGCAACGACGAUGUCUCUGGUAUAGAGUAUAAAGCACCGGGUUUCGAGGAGGACGAAGGAAUGUUAAAGUUCCGAGAUGAGAUAGCGGAGGAUAUGUAGCAAGACUACCUCGAGCUGCUCGAGCACCGUAGCCAGGACCGUACUAGUAUUAAGCAGGAGUGGUAGACCUUACACAGCUUAUAAUACUUGAUAGUAUACCAAUCAC